CAGCGCCAGGGAGCAAUGGAGUCACCAGUACAGCUCGCGUUAGCAGCUCUAUUGGGAGCCUCGGUCAUGGCUAUCUCCGCUUUCUACAUUCAUAAACGCAGUGUCGACCAAGUCCUCGACCGUCUUAUUAAGCUCCGCCGCAAACAUCUGCCCUCCUCCACCCUCAGAAACCACUACAACUGCCAUAUCGUCUCCGACGCCGAUGAAGAAGAUGCUGAUUACUCGGCUGCUGCAUAUAGUGAGGAAUGCAUUAAUAGAGGUAGGCGGGAUAAGUUAUCGACAUCAUUUGACAAUAUCGAUGGAAUUAUUGGGGAUGGUGUGGAGGAGGAGGAAAAAGCGCGGGUUGGACUUUAUAGAGUUUGGUCGUCGAUGCCGAAUGUGAGAACAUCCAAUGAGUGGAUUGAUGAGGAGGAGAAGAAAGCUUUGUCAAAUUUAUUGGAUCAUAAUCUUGAUAUUAUUUCAUCUGACUUGCCUCCUCUUCGAACUCAGCAGAGAGAUGCAGGAGAUGAUCAAUAUGUUGACCACUUGGGCCCACAGCUUAUGGUAGGAUCAAUUGGUCGUUUAGUUACUCCAAGAUCAUCUGCUGGUUAUACUGUUGAUAGUGCAGGAGAUUCUGAUGAGGAAGAAACUGAGCGUACAACUAUGGGUGCCACUCUUUUGUCUUACAACAAGGAAAUAAAUAUUAAUAUCCCAAAUCUACACAUGGCUCCAUCAAAUGCUGAAAAUGCCAACUACAUCCAAGCUCAACGAUGCAAAGAAAUCGCACAUGAAUCAAAAGCUAAUGGAAAUGAUGAGGAUGCAAAGGUUGAAAAGGCUUCAAUGCACACAAUGAGAAGUUCUUGCACCAGUACUAGCAAAUAUUUACCUGUGAGGGCUACAGUUCAUGAAUCACUGAACAUUGAAGAGGAAGAAGUACUGAAGAUGAUUCGGGAAUGUUUAGAUUUGAGGGAAAAAUAUGUUUUCAGGGAAAAAGUUCCUCCAUGGACUAAAGUAGUCCAGGAAUCUGCCACAUCAGAUGUAAAACAGAAUCCAUUUAACUCUGCUCCCGUUGAAGCCACUGCACACCACUUUAAAAUGGAAGAUGGAGUUGUACAUGUCUAUGCCAAUGAAAGUGAUACUGAAGACCUUUUCCCUGUUGCAAAUGCAACAUCAUUUUUCACUGAUAUGCAUCAUAUCUUGAAAGUGAUGUCUGUUGGAAAUGUUCGCUCUGCAUGCCAUCAUCGAUUGCGGUUCCUUGAGGAGAAAUUCCGUCUUCACCUACUAGUAAAUGCUGAUAGGGAAUUUCUGGCUCAAAAGAGUGCUCCUCAUCGUGAUCUAUAUAAUAUCAGAAAAGUUGAUACUCAUGUACAUCAUUCUGCUUGUAUGAACCAGAAGCAUCUUCUCCGGUUCAUCAAAUCAAAAUUAAAAAAAGAACCAGAUGAGGUUGUCAUAUUCCGUGAUGGACAGUAUCUUACUUUGAAGGAAGUCUUUGAGAGUUUGGACUUGACAGGGUAUGACCUUAACGUUGAUUUGCUAGAUGUGCAUGCUGAUAAGAGUACCUUCCAUCGCUUUGACAAAUUCAAUCUCAAGUAUAAUCCUUGCGGGCAAAGCAGACUCAGGGAGAUCUUUCUAAAGCAGGACAAUCUCAUCCAAGGGCGUUUUCUGGCUGAAGUAACAAAGGAAGUGUUAUCGGAUCUUGAAGCUAGUAAAUACCAGAUGGCUGAGUACCGAAUUUCAAUCUAUGGAAGGAAACAAAGUGAAUGGGAUCAGCUUGCAAGUUGGUUUGUUAACAAUGCACUAUAUAGUGAAAAUGCUGUGUGGUUAAUUCAGCUUCCACGGCUGUACAACAUCUACCGGAGUAUGGGCACUGUUACAUCCUUCCAGACCAUAUUAGAUAACGUAUUCAUACCACUUUUUGAAGUUACUGUCGACCCACGUUCUCACCCUCAUUUACAUCUGUUCCUAAUGCAGGUUGUAGGAUUUGACAUUGUAGAUGAUGAAAGUAAACCAGAGAGGCGCCCGACCAAACACAUGCCUAAGCCAGCUGAAUGGACUAAUGAAUUCAACCCUGCCUUCUCUUAUUAUGCCUAUUACUGCUAUGCAAACUUGUAUACACUGAAUAAGCUUCGGGAAUCGAAAGGACUGCCGACAAUUAGGUUCCGCCCUCACUGUGGGGAGGCAGGUGAGAUAGACCAUUUAGCUGCUGGGUUUCUUUUAUGCCACAAUAUUUCUCAUGGGAUCAAUUUGAGGAAAUCGCCUGUCCUGCAGUACCUGUACUACCUUGCGCAGAUUGGUUUGGCAAUGUCUCCACUUAGCAAUAAUUCACUUUUCCUUGACUAUCAUCGCAACCCAUUUCCUGUGUUCUUCCAGCGAGGUUUAAAUGUCUCACUGUCAACUGACGAUCCUCUGCAAAUCCAUUUGACCAAAGAGCCACUUGUGGAAGAAUACAGUGUUGCUGCAAAGGUGUGGAAGCUCAGUUCAUGUGACCUGUGUGAGAUAGCUAGAAAUUCUGUUUAUCAAUCUGGAUUCUCACAUGUUGCAAAGUUGCAUUGGCUUGGAAGUCAGUAUUUCAGAAGAGGCCCUGAAGCAAAUGACAUUCACAAGACAAACGUGCCAAAUAUAAGGAUUUCCUUUAGAUAUGAGACCUGGGAGGAGGAGAUGCAGCACGUCUAUGCACGAAAAGCCAAACUUCCCAGAGACAUUGAACACUGAAAGAAAUUUUAAGACUGGCUAUGGGGGAAACCAGCAAUGUGUUCUCAGUGACUGCGUCCUUGCUACUUGCUGCAAGGAUAGUCUUCGAACACUACUGACACUUUUUCCUAUGCAUCACCCAUAUAGGGAAAAAAUGAAGAUGGCCCAGAAGAAAUCCCAGUGUUGCAAUAAAAAAUGGAGCCCGUUAGUGACCUAGCACGGCCUAAAUCUCAUUGCUUGAAUUCAGCUUACCAACAGAGUUGAGAUGUGAGGAUUAUGACAGCAAUGCUAGUUGCUACUGUGAUUGUCUAUACUGGAUGUGCGACUUCAGAUUCUGCUGUUCUCCCAUUCUUUUGACAAUCAAGAACUGAACUGAACUGAACUGUUAUUGGCCUCGAUUGGUCAGGAAAAAAGUUGCAUGGCUCAAUAAUAUUACAAAAUGUUCAUCGAUUUUUAACAUA